CUGGUUGUUGCGGCGCAGUUUGAGGUGGUGGAGAGAAGGGCAAAGAAGAAGGUGGUUUUUAGUGCUUCGUCAGAAAGUUUACUUUGUGAAGGCUUCCAUCUCAUCUUCACUCCAGUGGACUGUUUUCUCUCGUGUGAAAAGAAAGAAAGCAACAGGGACUGAUGGUCAGCACAGAGAUCCAGGACAACUAUGUCAGCAUGGGGUUCAAGAGCUUCCCCCCCCACCCCUAUCCUCCGUCCCACGGCACUUCUCUUCCGACUCUCUUCCACCACCUCCCUCCCCUGCGGAGCCUACCUGAGCAGGAUGAACAGCGUUUUCUUCGCUCUGUUCAUCAAGAGGUACCCCCCCUCUUCCCUGACCUCUCCUUGCCCCACGGGACCCCCGCUAAACCCCUUAGACAGCCUACUGCCGGAGAAGACCCCCCACACUCUGACCAGCCGCCUCCAGUGUCAUUACCAAGGUUGGCCAGUCUUCAUCGGAGAGGAUUAAAACACCCUCCAGUUUCCUCGUCUCCCAACACAAAGCACCCUACAGUCCUUGUAAAGGGACACUUUCACCGUGGCUAUGGAGGAAGCACUUUAACUGAGGUUCCAAGACCAACACAAAUCAACAUUAGUGAGAAGCAGAUACUGGUGCCAGUUCCAAGGGAACAUCCUAACCAGUCCCAUAUCUCCCGCUUUGCCAUGUUUCCAACAUUCCGAUCUCCAGACGAUCCUGAUUCUGGGGUCACGGCGGCCACCAAGAGACCCCUGAACCUCCUUAUACCAGCCUGCACUUCUGACAUGCGUGUCCUGACUAAGACAAAAGGAGCUGCUCUCCGACAUGAGCUGAUGGAGGUUUCCAAGGUAACUCAGAGGAAGGCCUUGCUGUGGCCAGGACAACAUGGCUUCUACCAGUUUCCAAAAUCAGUAUGCAGCAAGAGGCAAGUUUUUUAUCCAUCACUUCCUAAGACUUUGUGCCCAAAUGCAACUCUGAGAAACUUGGACUCCACACUGUCGGAGCGAACCGCUAACAUGCUACGCAACCUGGAAAGGUCACACCGGCUCACUUGCUACCAACUCCAAUACUCCGGAUGUGGUCCUGCCAACCCUCUGCAAUUAGAUGACUUGCAUGAGAAAACUGUUGGAGAUCAAACACCAUACACAAUCCAGCUUAGGGGGGGGUCCCUGGUCCCAGCGCGCCCCCAAAAUGGACGUCAGGCUCGUAUCCAGCAGGGUCGACGGUGCCUCAAAAGCAGCCAUGUUGCCAGCCCUUGCAACCUUGUCAACAACCCCAAUAACCAACCUGGCAGCACAUCAGACAUUGUCCUUAAACACAGACAUGGUAGCCAUGACAAUUGUGACUCUGCUUACCAGCACAACAGCCACAGUGUCCAUGAUAACAGCAUUCAUGGUUAUCACACUGAUGAAUAUGGCUGGGGUUUAAACAGUUCAGUUAAACUUCACAGAGCCCAGAACUUUCCAGAAAGAUCUGGUUCGGGUCACUCCGGUGAAGAGCAGAAACUAGGUUGCAUUGACCCAGUUGACCGUCACAACGAGUUAUGCUGUGACGUGUGUGGUUUUGCAGAAAGCUUCUGUAACUGUCUGUCACAGAGAUCAAACACUGAAGACAUUGACCCACAGAGCCAGACCCCCUGUUGUGCCUGCAGGCACAACCUACUACCCAGGACAGGCUCACUAAAUCUGGGACAUGAAGACCCGCCAGGGUGCCUGAAGGGCGUUGAUGGAGAGUGUGCUAGAGUCGGCUCCAUGGAGCCACAUAGAGAGAGAACCAUUUCAAGGGCCUUUUCCUGCAUCCGGGGUACCUUGGGAGGGUCCCGGGGCGUGUGUGGGGGAGGGGGGCUAUUCCGGUCCAAAUCAGUUCUGAUGAGCCUCCAGGACUCGUUCUCCAGGACCGACAGCCACAGGCGCUUCCACCUGACUAUACAGGGUGCAGUCCCAGAUCUCCGUGACAACCACCAUACUGUCAAACAAUACUCUGCCUACUUUCGCAACUGAAAGGUGUGGCUGUAUUUGCAAUGUAUGCACACACCCACAUACAUGUAUUUGUUGUCAUUUCUGUUUUUUCCCAGUAGAAUAAACACAAGCCUACAGCACCACACUGAUUUGCAGUGCAUUUCUUCUUUUGUUAUUUUAGUAUUUACAUACAUUUCUAAUUAAAAGCAAGUUAUACAGUGUCAGGGGCAUGUAACCAACUUCAUGGAGAAAAAUCGUCUGACAGCACUUUCAUCCAAUCGCGAUGGGUCUUCGUUUGACGUGUGCACUAGGCCAUUGUUGAACACUCCCUUAACGCGAUCUAAACAAUUGUAGAUUCGACUUUGAAAAGUUCGUAGAAGUCUACCCUGUGGAUAUGCGUUACAUUAUGAGGACAUACAAAGCGAUCAUCAUCUAGGACUUAAGAUACCUCCCAGGUACUACCGGGACGGCUGUGAAAUAGAGAAACGCUGAAAAAAGAGAACCGCGAAAGUGGGCUACUUUUCAGGACUUAUGUUCUCCCCAGGACAAGGUGUGGACCGUA